AUGUUUAGUCGAUCAUUCCACAAGUCGCACGGUUACGCGAAAGAACAGCGGGCCUCAAAGAGCCAGGCAUCGCAACUCCAAGACCUCGGACUGCUGAGUCCUCUUGAGCCUAGGUUCGGUGCAGGGAGAAGGGAUUACGACCGGCCUAUACACAGCAGCAGUGGUGUAUCCUACUCUGGUUUGACUCAGUACCCGGAGAAGAACACCUCAAUCUCUGGCGGCAACAUCCGCCCUCCUUCUCAUCGCUCCUCUGCUUCUGUGAGCUCGAUCAAGUCGAGAGAUAGUGUUGGCCGAUCAGCAUCCGUCAUGACUUCAGACCGCAGCCGCUCCCGGAGGGAGCGCACCUUUGUUGGCAGUGAGUGUGCCGUCUGUGAAGAGCCUCUCGAGCAUACCCUUCGCGGCGAGAGGAUAUUGCAGUUCUCCUGCACCCACGUCUCCCACGAAGCAUGCUUCUACGAGUUUAUCAAGGAGUUUGACCCGCAGUACUGCCCUACAUGUAACGCGCCCUUGCACCUGGACACUAGCCGAGGCGGCAACGUCUUGGAUAUCGAGAAAAUCAGCAACAUGGUCCGGUCUGUCUCACUCAACGAUGCCCGGUCACAGACCACACCAACUCCCACGCAACAGCCCUGGGAUGAGCAGACAGUGCGUCCACCGAGCCGUGGCUCGAAUGCAAGGCAUGCACACAGUCACCACGGCCAUGCACCAAGCACCAACUCCCACCUGGGUCGCGAGAGUACCACCCGCGGCAGCCUGAGAGACAGCCGUGAGCCCCCGCCCUCGGAGAGGUAUACGGCCGCGUCCCGGCACAACCGAAGCGACAGCGAGGCUACGGGUGUCGCGUCGUCUGGUGGUUACCCCGAGACGACUCAGAGUGGCCCGCGUCGGGCGCACGAUUAUGAUGUCCAGGCCAUGGAGACGAGUCUGGCCAGCCCGCGCGCCAUCACCAGGAACCCUAUCCCAGCGCCGACCGUCACUGUUCGAUCGGAAUUCCCAACCAUCACUCGGUCGCGGCAGCAGCAGACUUUGACUUGCCUUGUCACCAUCGAGGUUCCCGACAGCAAAUGGCGCCCCGACCCAGAAGACCUGCAACCGAAUGUGCCGCCGGCCCAACCCCCGCCGCCAAGGCAGGAAGAGUCAUACGCGAGGAUGCCAUCACCCACGCGCAGUGCUCGUCGCUUCUAUCCCUACGAAUCGGCCGAGGUACUUGAAGAGAUUACGGAAAACCUGCGGAGCCGAGUGGAGAACUGGCACGGUCUUGAUUUCAGCCGCUUUGGAAAGCUCCGUCUGUACGGCACGUUACGGGUCGGAAAGGACAAGGUUUCCUGGCAGGAGCUGGAAUGCUUCCUCUUCGCUGAGAUGCUUAUCUGCGUCAAGGAGAAGAAGAAUGCCGCCGCGCAACAGUGGGACGAGAAUGGCGCCCCCAGGAAAUCCACACGUUGCACUCUAAAGGGCUCGAUCCUCAUCAAGAAGCAUCUGAACGAGGUCAUUGAGACUGGCAGCAUAGAUGAGAACGUCCUCACUCUAAGCCUGUCGGUCGCUGAGCUGCCGCAGUUCCACCUACGGUUCGAGAACCGCAAUCAACUGAAGCUGUGGCAGCAAGCCCUGCUCGACUUGAACGCAGUAGAGACAUCGCCAGUGCGUAGCCCAGACUACGACCGUGGAGAGUUUUCGGAGCCGGACGAGGACGACUGGCAGCGACGCACCGACCAGGUCCAGCGAGUAUCAUCUGUCAAUUCUUCUUCUUGGGGCGGUCCCAAGUCCGUGACAACGGCACCGACAGAGUAUACCAACUUCGCCAAAAGCCCUCUUCUCCCUUCGGUCCACGUACCCAUCGAUGUGGUUGUCGUCGUCCCGAUCUCCUCAUCCAUGCAAGGCGUCAAGAUCAAUCUGGUCAGGGAUGCGUUGCGUUUCAUGGUCCACACGCUUGGUGAGCGGGAUCGCAUGGGCCUCGUCACCUUUGGGUCGGGAGGAGGUGGUGUCCCCAUCGUGGGCAUGACCACGAAAGCCUGGCCUGGCUGGAGCAACGUGCUUGGUUCAAUCAAGCCCGUCGGCCAGAAGAGCCACCGUGCCGAUGUUGUUGAGGGCGCCAACGUGGCUAUGGACCUCUUGAUGCAGCGCAAGUACAACAACCCCAUCGCCACGAUCAUGCUCAUCAGCGACGCAUCAACCUCGGAUGCCGACAGCGUCGACUUUGUCGUCUCUCGCGCCGAGGCCGCCAAGAUCACUAUCCACUCCUUUGGCUUGGGCAUGACGCACAAGCCAGACACGAUGAUCGAGCUGUCAUCCCGGACCAAGGCGUCUUAUACCUACGUCAAGGACUGGAUGAUGCUCAGAGAAUGCCUCGCCGGUUGCUUGGGAUCCAUGCAGUCCCUAUCCCACCAGAACGUCAAGCUGAAGCUGAAGCUACCCGAAGGAUCCCCGGCGAAGUUCCACAAGAUCAGCGGUGCGCUGCAAAUCACUAAGCGAGCUACCGGACGCGACGCCGAGGCAUCGCUAGGUGACUUGCGCUUCGGUGACAAGCGGGACAUCCUUGUUCAGCUGGUGAUCGUGCCUGACAACGCCUCCCAAGAGCAGCUGCCACAGGAUGCGUGGGAGACCAUUGUCUCGGGCCUGGAGGCUUUGGGAGGCCCGAUGGAUCAGGAUGAGCAGAGGACUGUCUCCGUGGAGGAGGUCCCACUCAUCCAAGCAGAUCUGACCUGGGGCGAUAUCCUACGUGAUGGUACAGUCAUCCACAUGCCGCGACCGUCGCUUCUCGCCAUUACUAUGCUACCUGCGGCUUCCAGCCAGAAGUCCCGGUCAUGGCAGAACACUCCUCCUAUCCCGCCACACCCCAGUAUCGUGCAGAGGCGGAUGGAACUGCUCACUUCGGACAUGCUCACUCGAGCUCUCACGCUCGUCAGCCGGGGCCAGCACGACCGUGCCCAUACUCUCUUGAACGAGACCCGAUCUAUUCUGAAAGGCCUAGGCAAGGGUGGCCUGCCGCCGGUUCCUCCCCUGCCUGGCAGCAAGUCUAACCCGUCGACACCUCAUCCUGGCAACGACGGAUCGCCUACGAGUGCCACUCCGGACCGCAAGCGGACCCCUUCACCCACCGCAUCAGCCACAUCAUCGGCCGUCAACGGAUUCGGCUCGCAGACCAUGUCCCGCAGCCGCUCCAAUGACGGACUCGCCCUCGGCGCCAUGGGAACCGCCGCGGGUAUCGACCACAAGACCGUCGCCUCCUUGGAUCACGAGCUCGAGUCCAGCCUGGAGUGGAUCAACCACCCUGCCGUGUUCGGCCGUGACAGCCGCAAGGCCGUCCUGCAGGCUAUCGGCGUGAUCAGCUCCCAGCGUGCCUUCACAUUCCGCACACCUAUCGAGGGUCUGUGGGCCAGUCGUGUCAGCGGAGUCCGGAGACUGACUGAGAAGAGCCGCGAGUGGCGCGAGGAGGGCGGCGGCGAGGGAGGUAUCAUGGAGGAGGCCUAA